AUGAGGCGGAUUCGAGGCGGGUUCAAGGGCGCUCCGACCUCAGCUCCGACCUCAGCCCCCCGUAACCUGCAUCACGAGCCAAUGCGAGUCAGACUCGACGCGCUGAGCGUCGCCAGAGUGACGACGGGUUAUGGUAGGAGGCAGGAUCGUCGCGGAGUCAAGCCGGAUGCGGUGUCUGGCUGGGGUGUUUCCGUCGAGGAGCCUGGCAAAAGUGGACCAACACCAGAAGGGCUGAAAGGCGCCCACAUUAGGUGCAUGUCAGGCAGACGACAGAGCGUCGGAGGCGAGGUGGCGUGUGUUGGGUGUCGGGGAAUUGACAGAGAAGGGAAGGGAAAGAGGGAGGGUAGAAUCUAUAUAUGCCGUGAAAGCGGCGGUGCGUCCGUGCACGCGCCUUGCCUAAUGCAGACGGAUUCCUAA